AUGUUAGAAUUACACACAAUUGAUUGUGAAGGACGACUUCUACCUACUGUUGCUUUAAAAAAUUAUUUUCUUAAUGAUAAAAAUGAUCGAACUAAGUCGUGCAAUACAUGUGGUAACAGAUCAGAUCAAAAUCAAUAUCGUAAAGAAGUUGUACAAUUACCUGAUACAUUAUUAAUGUCUUUUGCUCCUCCUCAAUUUAAAACAAACACUAGUAGUCAAGUAGAAAGAGCAGAAUUUUUUAUUGAAAACCAUCUAGAUAUGUCAAAAUUUACGUCUUCACGAAUGAUAUGUUAUCCAUUGUAUACAAGAUAUCAACUAAAAUCGAUUAUAGUAUAUACUGGAAAUAAUGAAGCUAGUCGUCACUAUUACACGUUUGCAAAAUACAACGAACAAUUUUUUCGUUGCAAUGAUGCAUCUAUUGAACCAGUCGAUAAAUCGAUUGUAUUUGAAAGAAAACACUCAACUUCAAUUGCUAUGUAUAUUCGUGAACAAAACAACAAUUGUAACUUCGCUGAUAUAAUUAGCCAAAUUCUGUUUGAAGCAACUAAUGUUAAUUUAACAGUUCCUGUUGACAAUGCACAUGUUAGAAUGAUGUUCGAUGCUGCACUUGAAUUUGUCUCUCGCAACACUAAAUUAUUGUCUUGGAGUUAUGGAGCGUCAUACACAUGUUUUGAAUGUAAAGAAAGUGAGUUUCAACAAUUGUUUUCCUAUAUUUCUGAUGAUAUAAUGACUUAUUUAUAG